AUGGAUGUCAGCAUCAUCCUUCGCAAAUACACCCUCGCGAAAGCUCUUCUUUGCAUUGAGAUCUUUACCGAGCUCUUCGACCCGAUUCUGUGGAAAGCAUGGGCAGUCCGGAUGCACGUCCUGCUGGUCUUCAUGGUCCAAGCUCAGUCUGAGGUGACCAGCGUGGGGAUCAUCCUACCCCUUUCGCGUGAUAUCCCCAUCCUUUCCCAAGUGGAAAUACACCUUGCGAUGGCUCGCACUAUAGAGGUCGAUCAUCGGAUGAUACCUCAGAUUGCUGACCACCUUCCUGCUGUCAUUUCUUAUGAUUUGACUGCCCGUGUUCUGUAUGAUGACCCCACUGUCCACGAGGACUUUGAUUUGAGGCACCCGCUGGAUGGUCUCCCUGACAUUGGAACGUUACGCCUUCGGGUUGAGACGUUGCACGAUGCAGCCCGUGGACUGUACGAUGUCAUGCGCGGAAUCACCUGUAGACGUGAGUUAGCGGAUGGCAUGUUGAGACGGUUGCAGAUCAUAGUCGAGGAGUUGGAAGUAGCCUUCGGGCUUGUAGCAUUCCCUCCUCCGAUAACCAGCUUCCAAUUGGUGUCGGACUAA